AUGCCUGGGGGUUACGAAGUGAUAGGUGAUGAUGGUUUUAUUGAUUACCAUGUUCAUGAGGCUUGGAAUGAAACCACCAAUGUUUACUUGGUAGUGAUCUUUGUUAGCUUUGGUCUCUUCAUGUAUGCCAAGAGGAAAAAAAGGAAAAUUAUGAGGCUAUUCAGUGUGCCACCUGCAGCAGAAACUUUGUCAGAGCCCACAGUAAGCAAAAUUCAUUUAAGACAACUGGAAAUGUAUUCCAUUUCAAGGAAGUAUGACUACCAACAGCCACAAAACCAAGCUUACAGUGUGCAACUCUCACUGGAAUGA